CUUAUCAUGAUGAAUCUUUGUUUCUUAAGGUCUAUGCUAGUAUUCUAAACCCAUUUACAAUUCACUGCUUGGCUGUCAGAAACUUCCCGUUAAUUAUCAAGCUUUUCUUUUUCUACAAUAUUCCAUCCCGACCACUUGAAAACUACGACUCAGCCUUUACUACUAGGGACAUCUUCGCAUUAUAAGUUGCGCGCUUAUGGCUGAUGAGCUGAAAAAUGACGAGCCCCUCGGUUCGGCAGUACAGGUUUCGGCCAUAGACUCCCUAGCCGAAAAUCUGUCUCCUAUCCCGGUUGUAGAGCAUACGCCUAAAACUUCAAGAGACUUGCGGUUCUGGCUCGUCAUCCUAUCCGGUUGCUUGGUAGAUUUUACGACUGCCCUAGACGCCACCAUAAUUACCACCGCACUCCCUAAAAUCACAACUGCGAUUCAUGGAGAGAAACAGUAUGUCUGGCUGGCAAACACGUACGUCCUCGCUUCAACAGCGGUGAUGCCAUUCGUCGGACAGACGUCCAACAUUUUCGGUCGCCGAAUGCCAAUGAUCAUAUCUGUGAUACUAUUUUCCAUUGGCAAUGCGCUUGCCGGCGCUUCGGUCAGCUCUGCCAUGUUAAUAGCAUCAAGGGUCGUCACCGGACUUGGCGGUGGAGGCAUAUUCGUGCUAAAUGAUUUGAUUAUCUGCGAUCUCGUGCCAGUUCGGGAAAGAUCCAAGUUCCUUGGCUUCCGAAUUACAAUCGCGACAAUAGCGACUAUCAUUGGACCUGUUUUAGGUGGUGUCCUGGGGCAAUCUUCGUGGCGCUGGGUAUUCUUCAUUAACCUCCCUUUCUCAGGCAUAGCUCUGCUCAUAAUGGUUCCGUUCCUCAGAUUGAAACAUAAGCGAGAGCCUACAUGGGCGAAGAAGUUAGCGCGCGUUGACUUUCUCGGUAAUAUUCUCUUUGUCGCCUCCAUCAUCGCGAUCCUUUUUGGGCUCAUCAUGGGUGGAACACUGUACCCCUGGUCAUCUUGGCAUAUCAUUGUGCCUCUGGUUCUUGGUUUCAGCGGUUGGGCCGUUUUUCACACCCAUCAGGCCUCCCCAAUUUGCAAGGAGCCGAGCAUGCCACCGCUGCUGUUUGGAAAUCGAACUUCUGUUGUUUGUCUUGCUUUGACCUUCAUCGCUUGCGGGUUGCUUGAAUGGGUGGUGUACUUUCUUCCAAUCUAUUUUCAGGCCCUCAAAGCUGCAUCGCCUCUGACAUCGGGAGUCGAUGUCCUUCCCUUCAGCAUAUUUUAUGUUCCUUUGGCGGUUCUAACAGGUGGGAUAAUGUCAAAAUUCGGGAAGUACAAGCCGAUCCAUUGGGUCGGGUUUGCAUCUACAUCCGUAGCCUGUGGACUGCUGUCCAUCUUAGACGCCUCUUCUCCUACAGUGGAAUGGGUCUUUUUCCAGCUUAUCCUUUCAGUUGGUGCUGGCUGUACUCUGAUCAGUAUUCUCCCUGUUAUCCAAGCAUCUCUACCCGAGACAUACGCGGCCACAGCAACAGGCACGUUUAAUUUUGUUCGUAACUUUGGUUUUGUUUGGGGGAUUACUCUCCCAUCAAUAAUUUUCAACGCACGCAUUGAUCAGAAUCUUCACUGGAUCCAAGAUGAGGCCAUCCGUCUCCAGCUCCGCAAUGGUGCGGCGUACGGCUAUGCAGGUACAGGCGCAAUCAACCAACUUCCUGACCAGACGAUGAUACAAGUACAUGACGUAUACGCAUCUGCGUUGAAAACAUUAUGGCAAGUUGCCGCUGGAAUCGCUGCCCUUGCAUUCAUCUUGGUGUUCAUCGAGAAAGACUUGGUACUCAGCAUGGAUUUGGAAACCGAUUUCGGCAUGGAGGAAACGAAGCAGGAAAAAUGAUUGCCGAUCACUUAACAGUAAUAUAGAUGCUACGAUCAAGAUUGUGUAGUUGCCGUCGCUUAAUAAACACAAUUUCAGAAAUAGCAAUGUGUCGAUCAUAUACGUGUAAUUAAUACGUGAUUACGGGGCAUCUAUGAG